GGAUGUGGCUGCUGGGGCUGGCGAUGCUGUGCCUGUGGCCUGCGCCCGCCGGGCAGGAGUCGGUGCCCGUGGGCGCAGUUUGUGGCCCCGAGGCGUGCUACACCGCUCACCUGCAGAGGAGGUCCUUCAGCGACGCCUGGAGGGCCUGCCGGGAGCUGGGGGGGAACCUGGCCAGCCUCAAGCGGCCGGAGGAGGCUGGGCUGGUGGAGGAGCUGCUGGUGGGCUUGCCGGUGGGCGAGGAGCGGGGGCUGUUGAAGCUGUGGCUGGGUCUGCAGCGCCAACCCCGCCAGUGCUCGCCGCACAAGGCCCUCCGCGGCUUCACCUGGAUGACCGGCGACCAGGACACCUGGUACACCAACUGGCUGCGGGCCGAGCACCCAGGCUCCUGUCCAGCUGCCCGCUGUGUGGUGCUGAGCUACGGCGCCGGCGAGUCCGGCCGUUACGCCAACUACAAGUGGCUGGACGGCUCCUGCCUGCUGGCGGUGGACGGCUACCUCUGCCGCUUUGCCUACCGGGGCAUGUGCCAGCGGAUCGAGCCGGGCGCCGGGGAGACCGUCGCCUACGCCACCCCCUUCGGCGUCACCUCCACCCGGCUGCGCCACGUCCCCUUCGGCUCAGUGGCCACCGUGUCCUGCGGGGCGCCGCUGGGCGCCCAGUCGCUGCUGUGCAUGGCGCGGGGGGGGGAGGGGGUUUCGGCGGGGGAGGAGAGGGGCUCGGGGGUGACCUGGUCACGGGAUCCCCCCUACUGCCAGGGCUCCCAGCCCCGCGGCUGGUGUGCGGUGGGCAACGGGGGCUGCCAGCACGCCUGCCUGGACGAGGGGGCCUUCUACCACUGCCGCUGCCGCGAGGGUUACCGGCUGGGGGAGGACGGGCGCUCCUGCGCCCCGCCGGACGGCUGCCCGGGCGGGUACCGGCGCGAGGGGGGCGAGUGCCGGGACGCAGACGAGUGCCUCUCGGGGCCCUGCGCCGCGGGGGAGUGCGUCAACACCGAGGGCUCCUACCUCUGCCGCUGCCCCGAGGGUUACCGGCCGGAGGGGUCCGAGUGCCUGGAUGUGGACGAGUGCCUGGGCACACCUUGCGACCAGCUCUGCGCCAACACCGAGGGCUCCUACCAGUGCUACUGCCAGGUGGGCUUCACCCUGUCCGAGGAGGACGCGGUCAGCUGCUCGGACGUGGACGAGUGCCAGUACCAGGGCACCUGUCAGCAGAUGUGCGUCAACUACCUCGGCCGCUACGAGUGCCACUGCGAGGAGGGCUACGUCCUGGACCCCGACGGCUUCUCCUGCCACCCCCACCCGCUCCCCGAGCGGCCGCCCACCCGGGGCUCAGGGCCCACCUCCCCAGCGACGGAGGGGGUGGGCGACAGGACCAGGGGGGUCACGCCCACCCCGAGCGGGGAGCCGGGAGGGAGACCCCUCCCCGUCACGGAGGCUGGCCCCGGCGAGCGGCUGGAGGGGGACCGGGCGCCCUCCGCCCCCCCGGAGGAGACCCGCCGAGCGGUCAGCGCCGGAGAGCCGGGACCCCCAGACCGGGGCCUGGGGCAGCCGGUCUGGAGGUCGAGGGAGCUCCCCGGCCGAGAGUGGACGUCCACCACCACCACCACCACCGACAAGGCCGCCGGCGCCGGAUCCAGCCCGGCGCCCACCGCAGGGGGCAUCGAGACGGGACCCCCAGACCGGGGCCUGGGGCAGCCGGUCUGGAGGUCGAGGGAGCUCCCCGGGCGAGAGUGGACGUCCACCACCACCACCGACAAGGCCGCCGGCGCUGGAUCCAGCCCGGCGCCCACCGCAGGGGGCAUCGAGCCGGGACCCCCAGACCAGGGCCUGGGGCAGCCGGUCUGGAGGUCGAGGGAGCUCCCCGGGCGAGAGUGGACGUCCACCACCACCACCGACAAGGCCGCCGGCGCCGGAUCCAGCCCGGCGCCCACCGCAGGGGGCAUCGGGGCGCCCGCUCCGGUCCCGACUGCCCCUCCCCCGGACACCCAGCUGACCACCAACGCCUCGGGGGGCCCGAACGCUCACCGCCAUUCCCGGCAGCGCAGGGAUGACCGCUGGCUCCUCAUGGCCCUCCUGGUGCCCAUCUGCGUCUUUGUGGUGGUCAUGUUGGCCCUCGCCAUCGUCUACUGCACCCGAUGUGCCUGCGGAAGGACCCGGAACAUCACCGACUGCUACCGCUGGAUCCACAACUCCUCCAAGGCAGCUGCUCCGGACGCCAACCCCACCAACAUGAACACCACAGUGUGGGAGCCUCAAGCUUCAGGACAGUUCCCGAGCAUUUGGAGGACUGAUGUCACUCACCUCUGACCCGGGUGGUUGCUGGGAGGUGCAGGUGGGAAAGCCGAUGGUAAGCACUGUACCUUGCCGGAAAUGGGAGUGAAGAUGGGGGAAUGGCGCUCGAUCGUGUGACGACUGAAGCAGACACUGCCUCCUCCUGGAGUGUUUUUGAAUUGUUAUGUACAUGGUGCUAUGAUGUUGACCACUGGCUCAGCCCCCACUGUGACUGGACUGGCCUGGAUCACACGGGCAGUAUAACAGCCCGCAGCCAAUCACGGGCCUCUCUGGACUCUUCAGAACCUCUCGCCCUCGGUCUUCCAAAUUCGCCCUUUGACCUUUCGCCGACCGCGCCCAAGGACCCAGCCAUCGCGGCCAAUGGUGUUGAAAAUGGCGCCCAGGGAGCCGGGAACGGAUCCACGUGACCGACUCCGAGCUGCGGGAGAGGGGGCUGGACCGUCACCUCAGCUAGGCCUCUGCUCGGCCACUUGACCAUAAGACAUAGGAGCAGAAAUUAGGCCAUUCGGCCCAUCGGGUCUGCUCCGCCAUUCAAUCAUGGCUGAUAAGUUUCAUUGACGGGCCAACGUCUCCGCCCUAGAAUAUUCUGGAAAACCGUCGGUCGCUUCGGACAUGGGCGCGUUAUUUAAUGCGUGUCAAGGGUCAAUAAGAUGGCGGUUUUGUGGCCUGGGGGUGCUUUGGGGAGAGAGGUUGGGAAGAUGUUGUGUGGUGUAAAACUAUAACCAAUCGCUUCCCUGUUACUGAUUUGAAUUGGACCAUCCCAGAGGCAAUCGGGAAGAGUUUGGGUGGAUUGUUCGUUUAACCCCCCCUCCAGACAUCAAUACUUCUCCUCCCCCGGAACCCAUCCAUCAUUGUCCGAUUCAUACUGGACCUAGUGGGACUAAGAUUAAAAUCAGGGUCUGUUUUCUCCCCUGUCCACUCUCGUUUUUCUGGAACGUUCUUCCGUUGUGCAGUUGGAAUAGGUUUCCCUGCA